AGUCGGGCCGGGGCGAGCGGGCCGCAUCGGGCCGGGGGAGAAAAUGAUCCACAGCCUGUUUCUUAUAAACUGUUCUGGUGAUAUAUUCUUGGAGAAGCACUGGAAGAGCGUUGUGAGCCAAUCUGUGUGUGAUUAUUUCUUUGAAGCUCAGGAGAAAGCAGUUGAUGUUGAGAAUGUGCCUCCUGUCAUCUCAACACCACAUCACUACCUCAUCAGCAUCUAUCGGGAUAAAAUCUUCUUUGUGUCUGUCAUACAGACAGAAGUGCCACCACUCUUUGUAAUUGAAUUUCUACACCGAGUAGCGGAUACUUUCCAGGAUUACUUCGGCGAAUGUUCUGAGACUGCAAUUAAGGACAAUGUAGUUAUUGUGUAUGAACUUCUAGAAGAAAUGUUAGACAAUGGAUUUCCACUGGCAACAGAAUCUAACAUAUUGAAGGAGCUGAUUAAGCCUCCCACAAUUUUGCGCUCCGUUGUCAACUCCAUCACAGGCAGUAGUAAUGUGGGUGACACACUUCCCACCGGACAGUUGUCCAACAUUCCCUGGCGCAGAGCAGGGGUAAAAUACACAAACAACGAAGCCUAUUUUGAUGUCAUUGAAGAAAUUGAUGCGAUUAUAGACAAAUCAGGUUCCACAGUCUUUGCAGAAAUACAAGGUGUUAUUGAUUCGUGUAUUAAGCUCUCAGGAAUGCCAGAUCUUUCUCUUUCUUUCAUGAACCCACGGCUGCUGGAUGACGUCAGCUUCCAUCCAUGUAUUCGAUUCAAACGCUGGGAGUCUGAGAGAGUCCUUUCAUUUAUUCCUCCCGAUGGGAAUUUCAGAUUGAUCUCCUACCGCGUCAGUUCACAGAACUUGGUGGCAAUUCCUGUAUAUGUGAAACACAUGAUCAGUUUUAAGGAAAAUAGUUCUUCAGGAAGAUUUGAUGUUACCAUUGGACCAAAACAGAAUAUGGGGAAAACAGUAGAAGGCCUUGUCAUGACAGUUCACAUGCCAAAAGCUGUACUUAAUAUGAACCUCACUGCUACACAAGGCAGCUAUACAUUUGACCCAGUUACUAAAGUGCUAACAUGGGACGUUGGCAAAAUUACCCCUCAAAAGCUACCAAACCUGAAGGGCAUAGUGAACCUGCAGUCUGGAGCCCCCAAGCCAGAGGAGAAUCCAAGUUUAAACAUCCAGUUUAAGAUACAACAGCUUGCAAUUUCAGGACUGAAAGUGAAUCGCCUAGACAUGUAUGGAGAAAAAUACAAGCCUUUUAAAGGUGUCAAAUAUAUUACAAAAGCAGGAAAGUUCCAAGUCAGGACAUGAGAAGAUGCUCAACUUCCAAGAGGAAAUUCCCCUUAAAAAAAAAACUGACUGCUUAGUGACUUAUGUUGCUAUUAAUUAGGUGCCAAUUAAUUAAUAGACACGGAUUAGUUUGGGAUCAAAGCAUUUGUGCACAGCAGCUCUUAAGAUGAAAGCAUAGCUUAGUUUUUCUUAAUAUGGCUUUAAAAUAAGGUACUUUUUUUCUAAUACACCUUCACUCUUUUUUUACUGAAUUGUUGUGCUGGUGAGUAGUUUGAUCUAGGUGAUCCACAAAACGUCACAAACACUACACUGCCGUCAGAUACCAAAGCCCAGAGGCCAAGCACAUUAGGAAGGCCCGACAGGUUACUGAAAAAGUCUUGUGGUGGCACCUUUUGCUGCUGCAGCCACCUGCAAAGAAAGCUCAGCUCUUCUCACAGCCAGCUGCAAGCCAGCAUUCCUCAAAGCAUCAUGUAAUCCCUUCAGAAAUAGAGAGCAGCAACGAGGAGGGCAGGGGUCCCACAGGGGCCUGGGACAUAGCAAGUGUCACUCCUGAGAAAGAGCUUUUGAUGAAGAAAAAAAAAUUCCUUGUUGUUUACAAGAAACAGCCUUUCUUAAGAAGCAUUUGCCUUAAUCAGCUUUCAUUUGUGCCAUCUGCAGAUGAGCUGAUAAAAAUAACAUUCUGCAUUACAUCUGGGAGGUGAUUGUUGCUUCAGUAAUCCCCUUUCUUUCCAUUCAGUCUCAUCACCAUCAUUGUUUGUUUGGUUUUUUUUUAAGAAUACAGUUGCAGAGAGUAAGAUCUAUUUUUAUGUGAAGUCUUUGCUUUGAUUUAGAUGUUCCACUUGUUCGAAGUGGAUGCCACCAGAUUUGUGCCAUGUGUACAUUGGAGCGUAGCUUUUUAGACAGCACAGUAGAAGUGUCAAGUGUAUUUAAUGGUUGUGUGCUUUACUGUUGUGAAAUAAAGGGAACUCUACUGCAAAUGCAUCUUCUCCUGUGAAAUGUUCACUCUUGUAAACUAUUCAUGAUGCUUUUAGGCAGAAGACAUCUGAUAUACAAUUAAACAAUGAUUAUUUGCUA